UAACAAGCAACAAGAACACCAUGACUUUGAAGAACCCAUAUUUUCACCAAUCAUUCAUCAAUAACCGUGCAUCUUUUUCCUUACGUGUGCACAAGAAAUACAAUUGGCAUAGCAAUGAUAAUGGUUGCUUCAUGAACCAGUGGAAGCUCCCUUUUCUAAAUACCCAUCAGAGAAAGAAAAAGGCUUGCAUAGUAGGGUGUGAUACUAAGUGCAUCAAGACAAUGAUGGUAAGUAGUCAUGGCAACACCAAAACUCAUAAAGUGAAGGUCAUUGUGGCAGUGAAAAAAUGUAGUGGUGGUGGGAUUCUAUCGAAUUUCCUAAGUGAAUGCGUUGAUGGCAUUAAACAAUUGAUUGGAAACAUACUUGUUUUGGAGCUUGUGAGCGUUGACCUUGAUCAAAAAACAAACUUGGAGAAAAAGACAAUCAAAGGUCAUGCACAAGGGGUGGAGAAAAAAGAGAGAGGGGUGCAAUACGAGUGCACAUUUGAGUUGCCAUCAGAUUUCGGGAAUGUGGGUGCUGUUCUGGUUCAGCAUGAGCAUCACAAGGAGGUGUUUCUAAGGAGUAUUGUCCUUCAUGAUGUCCCUUAUGGCCCAGUACACUUCACCUGCAACUCAUGGGUUCAGCCCAAGCAUGAUUGUCCUGUCAAGAGAGUCUUCUUCAGUGACAAGUCUUAUUUGCCAUCACAAACACCAUGUGGGUUGAGAAGACUUAGAGAAGUGGAGCUAAUGCUAUUGAGAGGAAAUGGAGAAGGAGAACGUAAGAGUUAUGAAAGAAUCUAUGAUUAUGAUGUUUACAAUGAUCUUGGAGAUCCUGAUUUCAGCAUUGAUCUCAAAAGACCAAUUCUUGGGUGCAGUGAACAUCCAUAUCCAAGACGUUGUCGUACUGGACGAGAGCACUCAAUUGCAGACCCACUAUCUGAGCGAAAAUGUCUAAAUAUCUUUGUUCCUCGGGAUGAAGCAUUUGCUGAGAUAAAGCAAUUACAAUUCACAACCACCACAAUAUCCUUAGGGUUAAGUGCAAUUUUAGCAUCCUUGGAUACAAUUUUUAUUGACCAAAAUCUAGGAUUUGCAAGCUUCCAAGACAUAGACAUGCUUUAUAAAGAAGGGUACCAUUUACCACAUCCUGAACCCAAAUGGUUGACGUUACUCCAGAAAGUUAUUCCCAGUUUUAUCAAGGUAGCCACUGAUAACAAAAAAACCUUGCACUUUGAUACCCCAGAAGCAGUUAAAAGGGAUAGAUUCUUUUGGUUUUCAGAUGAGGAAUUUGCUAGGGAGACUUUGUCAGGUGUCAACCCGUAUAGCAUCCAAUUGGUCAAGGAAUGGCCUUUGAGAAGUAAACUUGAUCCCGAAAUCUAUGGUCCACCAGAAUCAGCCAUCACUAGGGAAAUCAUUGAGUCACAGAUAAUUGGUUAUCGUACAGUUGAAGAGGCCAUUGUAGAGAAAAAGUUGUUCAUGCUAGACUACCAUGAUUUAUUCUUACCAUAUGUGAGCAAAGUGAGAGAAAUUAAGGGAACAACAUUAUAUGGUUCUCGUACACUGUUCUUUCUCACCAAACAAGGCACAUUGAAGCCACUAGCUAUUGAGCUAACUCGACCAAUUAUGGAUGGGAAGCCACAAUGGAAGCAAGUCUUCACACCUGCAUCUCAUUCAACUGAUCUCUGGCUUUGGAGGCUUGCCAAAGCUCAUGUUCUUGCCCAUGAUUCUGGUUAUCAUGAACUUGUAAACCAUUGGUUAAGAACUCAUUGUGCUCUAGAACCUUUUAUCAUUGCAACAAAUAGGCAACUCAGCACUAUGCAUCCAGUCUACAAAUUAUUGCAUCCACAUAUGAGAUACACUAUGGAGAUAAAUUCCCUUGCUCGUGAAGUGCUUAUUUGUGCAAAUGGUAUCAUUGAAAUCUCAUUCUCUACUAAUAAGUAUUCAAUGGAGAUAAGCUCUGUAGCAUAUGAUCAACUUUGGCGGUUUGAUUUACAAGCACUUCCUAAUGAUCUUAUUCACAGAGGAAUGGCUUUGGAAGAUCCUAAUGCACCACAAGGCCUGAUGCUAACAAUUGAAGACUACCCUUUUGCCAAUGAUGGUCUUCUAAUAUGGGAUGCCAUCAAACAAUGGGUCACAGAGUAUAUCAAUCAUUACUAUUCAAACUCAAGUGUUGUUAAAUCUGACCAAGAACUCCAAGCAUGGUGGACAGAAAUUCAAAAAGUAGGUCAUGGAGACAAAUAUAAAGAACCAUGGUGGCCAAGUCUUGAAACACCAAAAGACCUUAUUGACAUCAUCACCACUAUAGCUUGGAUAGCAUCUGGCCAUCAUGCUGCUGUGAACUUUGCUCAAUAUACUUAUGGGGGUUAUUUCCCCAAUAGACCCACAAUUGCUAGAAUCAAAAUGCCUACAGAAGACCCUUCUAAGGAAGAGUGGGAAAAUUUUCUAAAAAAUCCUGAGCAAACCCUUUUGGAGUGUUUGCCAUCACAAAUUCAAGCAACUUUAGUGAUGGUAAUUUUGAACUUAUUGUCUAAUCAUUCACCUGAUGAAGAGUAUAUUGGGCAGUACAUGGAACCAUCAUGGGCUGAGAAUCAAACUAUAAAGACGUCCUUUGAAAGGUUUAAUAAGAGAUUGAAGGAAAUUGAAGGUAUUAUAGACUCAAGGAAUGGUAACUAUAAUUUGAAAAAUAGAUGUGGAGCUGGGUUAGUGCCUUAUGAGCUAAUGAAACCAUUUUCAGGACCUGGAAUCACUGGAAAGGGAGUUCCAUAUAGUGCAUCCAUUUAAAGAUUGUUAAUUUUCGGCAACAUAUUCAUUAAUUAAUAAUUCUUUCUAGUGUAAUAUGUAUGAUAAGGCCUUAUUCCACAUUUUUAGGAGUGACUAGGGUUGAGCUAUGCUACAGCCCUUGUUCAUUUAGCAAGAAAUAAACAUAGGGUCUUGUUUUCAAAAUAUAUGAAAUACAUUUCCUCUAAUUCCAUGGAGAUUGUAUUCUUAG